AUGGGUCCCACUGCCGUUAAGCAAAACACGGGGAUAGGCGGUUCAAUAGAGACCAUGGUUAGCACUGGUAUCCUAGCACCCGUUGAGGAGUACGACAACUCUCCUAAUCACUUUGGUUCUCCCCAUGCUCUGCUCGGAUCCGACAGCUUUCGACCCGGCCACCACUACGUACCUCCGGUUGACCACAUCAAAGAUGACGUUCUGCACUUGACCUUGCCUCAAAUAUCACCGAAAAAGGAUCUUGCACCAAAUUUGUCCUAUGUCGGGGUUCUCGUGGGGAGACUCCGCUUCGAAACGGACAUGACGCUUCGGAAAGGUUUGGAUAAUGGAUGUAGUAAGGAGUUCACUGAACUCGAUAAGCCACUCGUCUCCUUCAACUUCGUCGGUUUGGUCCUGAGUCAGGACCAAACCCAGUCGACCGUCUCUCGCUUCCCAGUUUGGUCGACGGCCAGAAGCGCUCAACUGAUUGUAGUAAGUCUGAGACUAGACUUAUAUUCAUUUGGAAUCAAAGUAUUGGCUAGAAGGAUAUUGGCUCUAAGACCUCUUACAGACUACAGAUUCGAGGGACCCAGUCUGAUUCUAGAGACGUCGAGAUCAGUUUUUGACUUCUAUUUAUCUUCAUCUCAUCAAUACAGAAUAAUUACAUCCGUUCUCUCUUCUGUACCCCUGCUAUGUGCAACCACUACAUCCCUGGUAGAAUUGACUCGAUUUACAUUCACUAGCACUCAUAUCCGGAUAAUUUCUGUCUCGACUCUCCUGUCCUGUACAACACUGACGACCAAUUUAACCCUGUCGAAAGUUACAGACUUUACGAAAGUAAAUACCCAGUUGAAGUCUUUCUCCAUAACUUUAUCGACACAAGUCGUGUCAACCGACCAAGGCAGCACUGUGCGUGCAGAACUUUGCGUUGGUGAGCCACAAAGAUAUAGUGGCAACUCACCGACACUUGUUGACAGUCGACUACAACCCGAGUUCUGCCUGUUGUCUAAUCCCCUGACUACAAUAGCCAGUUGA